AUGGUGCUGAUGCUGAUGGUGACAUGGAGGAGAUUGUUUUACCCCCACAUCUGAGAUGUGCAUCACACACAAUGAACCUCAUAAUGUGCACUGAUGUAGAGAAGUGGUUGCUGUCAACACCUGAAACCAAAGCAGUGUACAGGAAUGCUACCACAAAGUGUACAGGGUUGUGGAAUAAAGCCAGCCGAUCAACAGUAGCCUCAGAGCUUGUGGAGGACAAUCUUGGAAAGAAGCUGCUAGUACCUUGCACAACUAGGUGGAAUUCCUUUUAUGAUGCCCUGGCUCGGGUUUCUGAGAUACCAAUUGUAGAGUUGAACACCCUGCUCUCCAAACUACAGAUGAAAGCUAUCAGUGAAAGGGAAUAUCUGGUUAUCAGAGAGUACUGCACUGUCAUGAAGCCACUUACUAUGGCACUGGACGUCCUUCAGGGAGAAAAGAAUUGUUUUUAUGGAACACUCCUACCCACACUGCAAUCAUUGAUGCACAAGACUCUGGAACUGAAGAAAGAUCUGCAAAUCCUUGUUGGCCUACCAGAUGCAAUUGUGCAGUCAAUCAGAACAAGAUUUGCUGGGGCUUUGGCUAGUGAAGAUGCCGUCCUGGCUGCUGUGACACUACCAAAGUUCAAGCUACGUAGUUUACAUGGUCAGCAGGAGAGGAAAGACGCGGCGAAGGCAAGUCUGAUUGCAGAAUGCCGCAAACUGGCCCUUGCACGGGAGCAGCAAUCAGGUACCACCAACCCAACACCACAGCAAAGCACAGAGGAAGACUUCUUUAGCUUUCCAGAGGAUGAGGAUACUUACGGUCCUGCUGAAUCUGAAGUAGCUGAUUACUUCAAAUCAGUUGCAACAGAGAUGGACAGUCUUAAUCAAUAUCCUUUGAUAAAGAAACUGUCUCUUAAAUAUAAUGCAGCCACUCCAUCCAGUGCCCCAGUAGAAAGGCUAUUUAGCCUGGGGGGCCUGAUUUUGUCUCCAAAGAGGAACCGGCUCUCAGAUCAAAAGUUUGAGAGACUUCUCCUCUUAAGGUACAACCAUUGGUUUGAGAGCUAGGAAUUAAGAAAUGAAUGUAUAGAUAGAUAUUUUCUGGGCAUAAAUACUGAUGUAUUUUAUUUAGACACUACCU